UGAAACAUGCGACUUCCUCAAAAGAAAAGAUAACGGGUCAACAUUUAAUAGCGUAACGUCUAUAAGCCAUGGAGAUAUAUCUUUAGAUAGAUCUAUCAUAUAUAUAUAUGGAGAGAGAGAAAGAGAGAUUACAACACUUCUGUAACUGGUGACUUCCUCAGAGGGUCAUACAAAAGUUUAAAGUAAAAGUUCAUCAUUUAAUAGCUGGCUGUCUUCAGGAGCGAUGGAGGAAUUAUACGGCAACGUUGAGUAUGACAAGUCCGAAGUUUCCUGGAGGCCCUUAACGCCUCACACAGGUCCCAGCAGAUCAGAGAGCAGAUCUCAUGGAGCUGCUGUUGUCUUUCUGGUGCUGAGUGUUUUCCUGCUGGUCGGACUCGUCGGCCUCGGUGUCCACUACCACAAUCUCUCCACCGUCAAAGACCACCUGACGGAGCGUCUCCGGGCCUCUGAAGCCAACCUGACGGAGCGUCUCCGGGCCUCUGAAGCCAACCUGACGGAGCGUCUCCAAACCACUGAAGCCAACCUGACGGAGCGUCUCCGGGCCUCUGAAGACCACCUGACGGAGCGUCUCCGGGCCUCUGAAGCCAACCUGACGGAGCGUCUCCGGGCCUCUGAAGAACACCUGACGGAGCGUCUCCGGGCCUCUGAAGCCAACCUGACGGAGCGUCUCCAAACCAUUGAAGACCACCUAACGGAGCGUCUCCGGGCCUCUGAAGAACACCUGACGGAGCGUCUCCGGGCGUCUGAAGCCAACCUGACGGAGCGUCUCCAAACCACUGAAGCCAACCUGACGGAGCGUCUCCGGGCCUCUGAAGACCACCUGACAGAGCGUCUCCAGGCCUCUGAAGAACACCUGACGGAGCGUCUCCGGGCCUCUGAAGCCAACCUGACGGAGCGUCUCCGGGCCUCUGAAGCCAACCUGACUGAGCGUCUCCGGGCCUCUGAAGACCUCCUGACCUCCAUGUCCGAGGAGAGAGAGCUGCUGAACUCCAGCCUCACUCAACUGACUGAAGACAUGGACAGACUUCAGCGUUGGUCCAAACUGAGUAAAACGUGUCCUGCAGGAUGGACGACGCUCAGUAGUUCCUGUUAUUUUGUCUCUUCAAGCUCUGCCUCCUGGGAAAAGAGCCGAGAGGACUGCAGAGACAAAGGAGCAGAUCUGGUGAUCAUUGACUCGCUUGAAGAACAGAAAUUCCUCUCAAACAUCAUCAAGCAUCACACUUGGAUUGGUUUGAAUGACAAAGACCACGAGGGCAACUGGAAAUGGAUCGAUGGAACUCCACUGACUCAGCCUGCGUACUGGAACAGUCCACCUGAUAACGGGGGAGGAGAUCCACAGUGGGGCGAAGAGGACUGUGCUGAAAUGUUACAUUGGAGGGAAGCAGAAGUAAGCUGGAAUGAUGUUGGGUGUAAUAACUCAAAGCGAUGGAUCUGUGAACAUCUGGCUUAAUGUGUUGGGGUUCAAGGGUCAUUUAUUGUCAUUAUGCAACACAGGGAUGCACAACGAAAUCCAGCUGGAGCCCGUUUGUGACACAACACAAUCAGUAGUGCGUUCCUGUCGCUUAUUCUUUUUAUUUUGCAUCGUGAGGAAUGUAAACAGCAGCUACAGAAACCACCAGAUAAUACGGCCGACAUCUUCACGUUAAGGAUUCCUUUAGCGCGGGAAGCUGGCAUCUUUAAAAUGUGUCUGUAUCCUGUCUGUGUAUCUGAAUUCAC